AUGUCGCAGCCGCAGACAGUCACGGCCGAGGCGCCGCAAGUUGCCGCAGUCCAACAACCAGCACCAACUCACGAGAGGGACGCGACGACCGCGGCCACGACGCAAGAAACUAGCCCAGCACCCGCGACGGAUUUGCCGACAAAUUUGAACGCCCAGUCCAACUCCAUGGCACCUCCCACGAACGAGAAGGGAAACCAGAGCGCGGCACUACCACCUGUGAUGAUCCAGGGGGUCACGCCACUGCACAUGCUUAGUGACUCGCCCCAGUGGAUCGAUUGCCCAUUCUGCCAGAGCAGAACGACAACUGUGGUUGACACUGAAGGUACUAGUAUGCAAAUUCUUGCUGGCGCUUUAUGCUGCCUCGUCUGCGUCUGCCUUACGUGCGUGCCCUGCUUGGCAGGCUGGUGCGAGGAUACCCACUUCUCGUGCUCCAACUGCCGUCAGAGGGUCGCGACGCGGCCGCAUGACGGUCCCAUCCAGGUCUUUGGGCCCCAGGGCCCAAUAUACCCGAUGGUACCGUCUCAGUAUGAACCCGUCGCGCCACCGGUUGCCCAGAAUCAAGGUCUUCCGGUAUACAAAUAA